GGAAGCUAAUUCCUGUCAUUAAUCACAUGCAUGUCUUCAGCUGGUGGAACAAUUCAAACAAUAACUUAGAAACAGAAAGUAUCCACCCAUUUCUCAGUAUAUGGCAUUGCUCAGCGUGUGAUUCCAUCAGACACAAUGGCACACGGCGCAAUGCUGCUGCUGCUGAGCUUAGCUCUCGCUCUGGGACCAGCCGUAGGUUUCUAUGGGGGUUCCAUGACGUUCACACCUGGAAACAGAUUUCCAGAUGGAUCAGUGGAGAUGCACUUUUACUACAGAGAGUCCAGUAGGGGUCCCUGUGGUUCUCAGGUUGACUGGAUCUGUCAGAGUGGAUCGUGUGGCAUCCUCACUAGCACCGAACCUGUGGUGACAGACAGCACAGCUCAAAAUCUGUGGUGCCAAUUAGAGGUUCACAUUGCCAGCAAUGUCACUAGUAAUGGUCCAUUCAUUCUGAGCUCCUCUGGUUGCUGCUUUGAGGAUAAUGUUCAUGGUGUCGGUGGAUGGACGCUUCGCACUCAUGUUGACACCGGCCGUCGAUCUGACACUCAGUCCCCAAACAGAUCCCCUGUUUCAGCAGCAAUUCCAAACAUAAGGAUUCCUCAGAACUGCUUCCAGAACAUUCAUUUGCUGGCACAUGAUCCAGAUAACGAUGUUGUGAGAUGCAGGUUUAAUGACGCCAACUGCACAGUGUGCCAUCAACAUCCAAACAUACAUCUUUAUCAGGAAUCAUGCACUUUGCACAGAGAAGAUUCUCUGGAUGUGGGUGUGCAUGUGUUUGAGCUCUUGCUGGAGGAUUAUCCCGUUUCAAACAUAACUCUGACUGACGAAAACGGGGUCUUCUCAGUCAGUAAUGCAUUCAAUGAGAGCAGUAACCCAACCGCUCUCAGUCAAGUGCCUCUGCAGUUUGCAGUUGAAAUUCUUCCACCAUCUCAGGGUUGUGUACCAGGCGUGAACAAACCAAGUUUCUUGACACCAACUCCUUUACAUGGAGAUGUGCAUCAUGCCGCUGUGGGAGAGGUGCAUGAGAUCACCCUGCGAGCACAGAUCUCAGACAACAGCAUCUUUGACUUCCAGGUCAGUGGCCCCUCUAAUAUGUCUAAGACCCUGACAAGUGAGAGUAAUGGAGUUUUGGAGGCAACACUGACUUGGACUCCACAGAAGACAGAUUUGUACCGUCGUGUACCUGUGUGUUUCGCAGCAGAGGCACUUCACAGUCAGUCAGAAAUGAGGUGCAUCAUCGUGACUGUGGCAAAAGCAAGGGUUCUUUCAGGUAAAUACAUUAGCAGAAACAUCUUUUACGUAAGGAUUUGA